GGGUCUUCCUCCUCAUUUCACCUCAGUUUCAUCCAACCAUGGCUCCCCGCUCAAAACGCCAGCGAUCGGCAUCCCCGUCUGCUUCGGCCCCUCGUCGAAGGUCGAAACGUCUCGAAGCGAAGUCUGCAGGCUCAUCUCGGCAGCAACAGAGAGGCUUAUCAGUUAUGUCUACUGAAACUGAGUCUUCGGUGACCUGGCCGUUCUUGGCGGCAGCAGCGAUGGAAAGAAUAGCGAAAUACCAGCCCCAACAUCGAGCUCACGAACAGAUACUCCAACCCUCCUUGGGUGCUUUUGUCACGUGGUUACCAGCAGGCGGCCGGGAAUCCGUGGCGAGAGAUAUUGUGGACGCGACUACGGAUAAGGAUCUUUACGAUGUCUUUCAUAAUCUACUUACCAGCCUUGCGGUACCUAUGAAAGCUCGCUCCAAGCAACCAUCUGUCACAGAAUCGCCCCACCCUAGACGGCAGGCGAAUGUCGAGGUUGUAGCCGCAACACUUGACCAACCAGAAAUUCGUGAUCCAACUUUCCGGGACCUUUGUCUACGGCGUGAUAGCAAUUGCUGCGUCGUAACCGGCCACAUGGACACUGACUACUGGGAGACGAUUGGAUGUCCAGAUGAUAUCAAUUUCGGCCCCACUGAAGGCGCACAUAUUAUUCCAUUUUCUUAUGCAUCAUGGGACAAGUCAUCGGCACCACCAAAUGAUACCUCAAGUGCAUGGGAGGUGCUCUGGCGCUGUUUCCCCCGUGUUCGACAAGAAGGAUUACGAGUCGAAACCAUUAACAAUCCAUCAAAUGGAAUAACGCUACGAAACUCUGUCCAUACCGAGUUUGGGAAAUUCUCUAUCGCUCUCAAGCCUACUGACAGUGAUGACACAUAUGAGGUUAAGGUCUUCAGGCGAUACCCAAAACCGGACAGACAAUUCCUUCCUGGGAGUGGCUAUAUUGAAUUGAAGAAAGCACAUGAUGCACAAGGCCUGGACCUCCCUAACCGUGCCCUUUUAGAGUGUCAUUACAGACUUGCGGAGAUCCUAAACGCAUCAGGGAUGGCAGAGGUGAUUGAGCGCAGUUUUCGGGAAUGGGAGGACCUCAAAGGCAGUUCUUGCCACUUACUCAGAGAGGAUGGGGGUACGGAUGUCGAGAAGUUUUUACGCACUGGCCUGUGGGAACGCGUGAUCGGAUAAAAAAACAGUUCUCUGCUAUCAUGCAUAAUAUCCUGGCAUUACACCGCACAAUAUAUGCAGUGACUGGACGUCUGAUAGUGAACCAAGGAAGACAGAAGUUACGUGGUGAUUACCAGGCUCCCCCGUCGCUCACA